AUGGGCAAGAAAGUACUAGACGACCGGCCGGCCUACCUGAGCUCCGAUAAUGCCAAAUAUUCGCUCGGUGUGCAUCGUGGCCCCUUGCCCACUGGCAACGAUGAGAUCACCAAGCUUGAACAGGUCGAGUCGGUCGGUGGUGUCUCUCUAGCGACUACCCAUCGAACGCGCAAACAGAGAAUGGCUCGCCAUUGGAAGCGUUUCUGGUGCUGUUACUUGGUCGGCAAUGUUAUCUUUUUGGCCAUUUUCCUGCCCAUCUUCUUCCUCGUCAUUAUUCCCGCCAUCUCUCAAUUGGUCGUGAAUAAGUCCAGCCUUGUUCUCGUCAACGCGGCAGUCAUGCAGCCUCGGCCCGACUCCAUCCAGUUGACUCUGCAAUCUGCAUUGGACCUGAAGAUCGCAUUGCCCGUGCGCAUUGAACCGAUCGUGCUGAAUUUGUUCAACCGCGACACUGGCUCCGACAACCCCUGGGCCAAUAUCACCAUUGACGGUAAGACUAUCAAGGGUAACACUACUCUCGGAGUCACCGAUACACAUACCCCGUUCGCCAACGAGACCAUCUGGACCAACUACGUGCAUGACGUCGUCUUCAAGAAGGAGUCCACCUUGUCACUCCGUGGCUCGACUAAUUCCUACCUCGGAAAGCUCAAGUCUCAUGUGACUAUGGACAAAGAUGUGGUUUCGCCGACACUUGACUCUUUCACUGGCUUCAGCAUCUCCGACGCUACUCUGCUGCUACCCGCCCGCUCGGACGGUACCAAUCUCAUUGGCAAUGCCACUCUUCCCAACCCAUCCGUGUUGACCAUCGAGAUCGGCACGAUUAUCCUUGAUAUCUACAGUGGCAGCCUCCUCAUCGGCAACGCUACCCUGGAAGGCCUCACUCUCAAGCCCGGCAACCACACGAACGCCAUCACCGGUGUAUUGGACCUGAAGAAGAUCAUCGCAAACCUGGGCGAGGUGCUCAAGACACAAGCAUCCGCCCUCAAGACCGGCAAUCUGGCCCUCGACACAGUCACCCGGUCGGUGGUCUGGAACGGCACCGAAGUGCCUUACUACACCAAGGUGAUGCACGAGCUCACCCUCACCGCGAACGUGGGCCUCGUCUCUACCUUGAAGAACACCCUGCACAACCUGCUGCAUUCCGACGGCAGCAGUAGCAGCAGCAACUUGACCUCCCUCAUCCCCAGCCUGAAUCUCACCUCCGAUAGCAGCUCGGUAUCAUCCAAGCUCAAGCGCAACGUCCAUCUCCUGGACGCAUUCAAAGACGAGCACCCUGUCAAGCGCGAUGCGAUCAUCGACUCGCUAGCAAACCUCUAUACCAAGGAGUAA